UCCCCGUCACGAGCGGGUCGUCACCACAUGAAGGAGUAGUGGUAGUGGGCGAAAAAGAAGGACGAGGACGGAGCGGCGAAAUGUCUCUUCUUCUGGACAACCGCUUUGGACAGCUUCCUCCUGACAACGCCGUCAACACCAAACUCUUCUUGGAGUCUGUCUCCCAUCUGCCGUCCUUCUUUGACUGCUUGGGAUCCAAAGUAUUCUCAGUGAUCAAGUCGGACAUUAAUGGCAAUAUUACGAAAAUCAAAGAAGUCUAUGUGAAAGACCCAGAGAGGUACGUCACCCUGCAGCACAUCCUGGAGGCCGAGCGACAAGACUUGGCUACUGAGUGGCCCAAAGUGGGAGCGACGCUGGCUCUUAUGUGGCUCAAGAGGGGUCUCCGUUUCAUACAAAUCCUGCUGCAGAGUUUGGUGGAUGGAGAGCGAGACCACAACAACCCCAACCUCAUUCGGGUCAACAUCACCAAAGCGUAUGAACAAGCACUAAAGAAAUAUCACGGCUGGUUUGUACAGAAGAUUUUCAAUACGGCACUAUAUGCAGCGCCCUACAGAUCCAACUUCCUCAAGGCUCUGUCCAAAGGAGAGGAAGUGAAAGAGGAGGACUGUUUAGAGAACGUGCGUCAGUUCUUGAUCAACUACACUGCCACCGUGAAUGCCAUCUAUGACAUGUACAUGCGCCUCAAUGCAGAGCUGGACUACACGGUUUGAUGUCAGAGGACAGUAUGAGUGGACUGGAAUUAGUUUAUCUGUGUCCUUUACAUGUGUGGUAUUUAUUAUUUAUUUGAUUGUUUCCUUACGACAUAACCUGUGAAGCCUUACAUCCGGAUGAGUGUUCCAUUUUAGUGUCUUUUAAACUCUCAUGCAUCACCAUUUAGUGCUUUUGUCUUUCAGGAUGUUGUCAAGAGGAUGUGGUCAAAUAAAUGCAAAUUAAAUAUAUUCAUCAACAACAAAACACAGAUUUAAAAAAAGGGUUUGAUUGAAGAACGUGGUUCUAUUGUUUUAGCAUUUGUUCGUAUGCUAAUUUAUUCAGUAGAGUAUUCAAAUGUAGUUCAGUUGAAAAUGUGGGAGUGGCUAACAUUUUUGCAGCAGAUUCCCAAAAACACAAGAUCUAUUAGGUUUUUAAAAACAGCGCACGGCUGUCAUAUAGAGGAUCUUUUACUAAGGAAGACAAGCAGUAUAGAAUUUUUUUUCAGUAGUGUCUUAAAAACAGCAGAGCACACAUUUUUUAAUGAAUAAACAAAUUAUAAAUAUUAAAAAUAAUAUUUAAUGUUUGUGUCUAUCAACCAUUUGGUGAUGUAAACAUUUGAAAUAAAUAAUAAUACUGAACAGAGAAGUCACUAGUUUUCUAAAAUGUAGCAUAAAAAUGUAGUUAAAUUGCCCUUCAUUAUUUAUACAUUGUCCAUAGGUAUGAAUGUGGGUGUGAAUGGUGGUUUGUCUAUGUGCCCUGCGAUUGGCUGGCGAUCAGUCCAGGGUGUACCCCGCCUGUCGCCCGAAGUCAGCUGUGAUAGGCUCCAGCAUGCCCCCGCGACCCUAAAGAGGAUAAGCGGUAAAGAAAAUGGAUGGAUGGAUGUAGACGACUCUGCUUGAUUCGAAAAUUCAUGCGACCUCAAAUGCGUCUCAACAAACCACGUGAGGUUUUCUGAUUGGCCAGUCGGCGGGCGCAAGAAUAUAAACAGGAAGGAGGUUCGGUAGCUUCACGACUGCAUUAAGUGUGGCCAAACACACAACAUGGAGCAAUAUUGGCGUUUGUUGAUAACUGAGUGAACUUGUUCAACUUAUCCUCGAUGAAAAGAAGACAUGCUGCUAUCAGACAAGCUAACCCUGUCAAUGCGAAACCAAAUAUGGGUAAGACAAUGUUCUUACCUGUUUACACGCUACAUACAGUUAUGCCGUACUGUUUAAUUUUGGGGGAACGAACAAGCGUUUUGUUUAACAACCUAAAAUGUGCUUGUGCGAAAAUCAGGUAAUAAUCACCUAUUAUGUUAGAUGCUUUAUUUUACACUAGGGGGCAGUAUUGGGCCAUUUUGGUGUUUGAGGUCGACAAACAAGUCAAGGCCUUUGCUACAUGUGGUGUUAAACGACCUUAAACAUGUCUUAUUGUUUUUAAUUCAUUAUAAGUAGAUUGGGAAUUGAUGAUAAUGAAACAUUGUUAAUAAUGGUUCAUUUGGAGCACCACUCUACUGGAUUUCACUCCACUAAUCCCACCACAUCAAUCAACCAUCCUCCCACUCUUCUUUCAGGCCAGUUUAUCUGAAGUAUGUCCCCGGAGGUCCGAGUGGCUCCUGUUCCCCUCCCAGAGGAACUAGGCCUGAGCUAAUCGUCUGAACGACAGAGCGAGCGAGGAGAGCAUGUCUGUGUUCCAGGUUGGUUUAUCAGCACGGCGCCCCAGGCCUGUCCUGACAGAUAAAUUGGAUGAAAAACGCUCCAUGUCCAAAGCUGGUACACAAUAGGCUUAAAUCGGCAAAUCACUCCCUGACACUGCCUCAGUGACAACAACACUGACCUUUAGACCUGAAUUAUUAGUUUGAUCAGCCAGAUAUUGCUGUUUUAUUCCCAACGGUGAAUUGGAUGACAUCCAGUUAGGUCAUUUGUGUUGCAAUAUAUCCUCUAAAGACCAUAAGGUGUGCAGACAGGCGUGCAAUAACGCGUCCUCUUCCCCAGUGCUAAAAUUAUUGUGUAUUAUCAUGUGAUUUACAUGCAUGUUGAUGUAUUCAAAUGACCUCGGCUUCAGCUUCCAUCCAUCUGGGCUCUAAACAGACCACAAAAGGUAUUAAAAUGAUCUCUUUUCAAUUUGCAUUAUUCAUAGAAUUUUAUUUAUUUAUUUAUGGCAUCAGUUGUGCAGCCAAGCCAAGACGCUGCUAACAUUAUAUACACGUCAAAAUUGCAAGAUCCUAACAAAAUAACAUAGAUUCCUUAAAAAUCAAAGAAUAAAUUGAUUUCUCCUGGAUACUACUGCAAUAAAAGCUAAACCAAUGUCUCAUGUAUUCUUGAUUUUUACAAAUAUGCAUCUUUUUGAUUUUU